GAGGGGGGGACUUCUCUCGCUGCAGAGCUCCAGGAUUCAGUCCGUCUUCCUGUGGUGCGUUUAUUAGUGCGGAGCUGAGUUAGUUAAAUAAGAAAAGAAGAGAAAGAGGUGACAGCAGCUCGUGAGCGCUCGGCCAGUCUGAGAGGAUGCAUUAGACUCGGCGGACAUGGUGCCAUUUUGGAGAUAAGUGCCCCCUUUCUUUUUUUUUGUGUUGUUUUUAGUACACGUUUUUUCUUCAUGGGACGGGCGGAAAAGCGGGAUAUCAGGUGGAGAUCUUGAGCGCGCGCACUUUUUGACGUCGCGCCUGUCAAUUAGUGUCGCUAAUUGGAUUAUUUUGAUCUUGAACUCACGGUCUGCAGGUUCUGUUCCUCCUCGCCGCCUCCUCCUCCACCUCCUCCUCCCCCCUUUAACUCCCACCUCCUCCAUUGAAGUUAUGUCAAGGCCUCUCACUCAGCUUCUACCUCCGGAUCUCCCUGCCGGGGCCACCAGCCCCCAGUUUGGGGCCAGCAGCCCGACUGGAAGUGGCCCCCAAGGCGGACACCUGACCUCCAUGACCAACCUGAAGUCCCUGCUCCAGCUGCCAAUCAAGGCCGACCAGAGAGGCACCAAGGACUGCUGCGAGAUGAAAGACAAAGACAAGCCCUCGGACUCUGACGAAGAAUCGCAGAGUAACAGCGCCGGGGCCGGAGGGGCCCCUGGGUCCGGAGGGGCCCCUGGGUCCGGCGCGUUGCGGCCCAACUCCCAGUCAGCGUUCCUGGGCCCGCUGCUGUGGGAGAGGACCCUGCCGUGUGACGGAGGCCUGUUCCAGCUGCAGUACAUGGAUCUGGAGGAGUUCCUGACGGAGAACGGCAUGGGGAUGCACGGCAACGGGCCCAGCUCCACCAGCGCCCAGAUCCCCUCCCAGAGCUCCCAGUCGGCGGUGCCCAACCAGAGCUCCCAGUGCCCUCCCAGCUCUCCUCCGCCCUGCUCCUCCUCUUCCUCCUCCAUGUCCUCUUCAUCCUCCUCUUCCUCGCUGCUGGGACUGGAGACCGUCCAGCCACAACCGCCGCCACUGCUGCCUCCACAGCAGCAGCAGCAGCAGCAGCAGCAAGACAUGAUGGGAGGACCCGAGUGUCAUCAUGGUGGUCGGGCGGUGCCUCAGGACCAGUCACCCACUUCUACCUGCCCUCCGGGACCCCCUGGGCCUCCGGAGUCCGCCAACGGCAGCAGCGACAUCACGGUGAACUUUGACCCCGACCCGGCGGACCUGGCGCUGUCCAGCGUGCCGGGCCAGGAGGCGUUCGACCCGCGGCGGCACCGCUUCUCCGACGAGGAGCUGAAGCCUCAACCGAUGAUCAAGAAGGCCCGCAAGAUGCUGGUCCCCAACGAGCAGAAGGACGACAAGUACUGGUGCCGGCGUGUGAAGAACAACGAGGCGGCGAAGCGCUCGCGGGAUGCUCGGCGGCUGAAGGAGAACCAGAUCUCUGUGCGCGCCGCCUUCCUGGAGCGGGAGAACAACGCCCUCCGCCAGGAGGUGGCCGACAUGAGGAAAGAGCUGGGCCGCUGCAGGAACAUCAUCAACAAGUACGAGAGUCGGCACGGAGACUUGUGAGGGCGGAGGAUGAGGAGGAAGAGGAAGAAGACGACUACGACGAAGCAGGAGGAAGGGGGCGGGAGGGGAGGUGGAAAUGAGAAAAAGAGGGUACAAGGCAAACCCAACAACAGCAGCACUUUAGUUGAAGUGGCGCGGGGAGAAGGCCGGCGUAGAUCUGCAGUAAGCGCUGUGCGACACCGGGGCGCAAACACCAGAAACAAACGCGUGCACGCUGUGCUUUAGGAUGUCACAACAGGAAAGCACAUGCGACGCCAAUCUCUUUCCCCCAGUUUGACUCUCUUUGUACAUGCUGCUUCGCUGUAUCCACUCAAUGUACUGUUUCACCGUUUGUGUCACCUCGGCAGCUUACGCGUCACCCUCGGUGCUGUGCUUACGCCCGGUGUCGCACGGUGUUUUCGCAGGUAGUGCGUCCCCGGCCGCCGCUCCGGCCAGUUCAAACAGGGUGUUGAAUUCACAUUAUGCCAGUGAAGUCUCACUUUUUAAGCUCAAGGCACGGAUUCAAGCCAGGAAGAGGUCAGAUGUGUAAUUCUUUUCUAUAAAUAGGACAAAAAAAAAAAACAUGUAUAUUUUUGAAGUGGGAAGGCAGGAAAGACUAGUCCAGCAAAGAGGAGGAGGAGGUGCAGGAGGAGGAGGAGGUGGUGCAGGGUUUUCGUCCAUAACGCAAAGAGAUUUUGACAAAGGAUUAUUGUAUAUUUUUCUAUUAGCAGAGAUAGUCAGGAGGAGGAUUUUGGAGAUAAUCUUUUGUAUAUUUUAUAUAUGGGGCGGGGAGGGGCUGUUUAGCUGGACAGUCACGGGGCCACACUAAAUGCUUUUCCUCCCAGCUGUUUAUCGCAAAACAACAGAUAAUCUAUUUUCGAUUUCACCGAGCUGGUUAGUCGCGUUAGGCCGGAGGCGUAACUGAGAAUGUAUCACGGCUGAAUCAGGUAUUUCACACGAUGCGAGACCAGGCGGGGCAUCUUAGUAACGAUUGUUUUUGGGUCGAGGGGAGAGGGCGUCGCAAGGAAGACGGUGAAACAAAAAAAUUGUAUAGUUUUAAGAGAUUUUUUGUGUUUUCGUUUUGUUUUCUUUUGUGGGCUCGUUCAAGCACUUGAUUUGUUCUCUUCUAUUUGAUUCCGUGUCUGAUUUUGAAAUAAUCGCAGGGCUUUUUUCUUUUUUUUUUUAGAAGGUGAAGGAGAAAAAAAAGAGAGAGAGGAAAACAGGAAGCAAAUAGCCAUCAGAACAGCUGGAUGUGAGCAGAUGUUUGAAAAUUUACAAGGGGGAGAAUUUCACUGGCAGGUUUGCUUUUAUAUUGAACGUGUCUCGCUCACA